AUGUUAUCGCUUGGUAAACUGUCAUUAAACAGUAUAAAAACGAGACAACCAAGUUUAUUGAGAACGUCAAUUCGUUCAAUCUCACAUGCACGAAUAACUUAUCAAACGUCUAAAACCCCAUUUAUUCGUUCCCCUGCUCAACCUGUUUAUUCUUCUUCACAAAGUUCAAAGAAGCCAAAGAGCAAAGAAGAUUUGGCUAGAGAACGAUUUGAAAAUCAAUUAAAGUCAAAAAAUUGGUUUAUUCGAUGGGGUGCUAAAUUAAGAUCUGAUGAAUUUAGUAAAGGAAUGACUAAAUAUAUGAUUGGUGCUUAUAUUGUAUUUUUAAUAUAUGGUUAUUUUUUUAUGAAAAAAUUAUAUAUUAAAGAGAAAGAAUUAAAAGAAUUAGUGGAAAAGCAAAAUGAAGGUAAUACAAAUGAAUAUGAAAAUUUAAGAAUUAAAGAAUUAAAUGGUAAAAUGAGAACAAGAGAUAAAUUAAAAUUAGAACAAUAUAAUGAAAUGAAAAAGACAGGUAUUGAAAAUUUUGAUGGUUAUGAAUUAGAGAUUACUGAUCAAAAUAAAUUAAAUAAAUCUAUUUUACCUGCUCAUGAUACUACUCCAUUUUAUGAUUCUAAGGCAGAAGAUUAUGAUAAUGAUAUUAAUAUGGAAGAACGUGUUAUUGGUAUGGGUAGAAGACGUAAAUGGUUAAUGAAGCACUGUAAAGGUGAUGUAUUGGAGGUUUCGUGUGGUACUGGUAGAAAUAUUAAAUAUUUAGACCCUGAACAUAUUAAUUCGAUUACAUUUUUAGAUUCUUCCGAACCAAUGAUGGAAGUUGCACAUAAAAAAUUUAGGGAUAAAUUUCCAACUUAUAAGAAAGCUGCCUUUGUAGUUGGUAAAGCUGAGGUUUUAAAUAAAUUAGCUAAACAAACAGAUAAAGAUGGUAAUGAAAAAGAUGUUAAAUAUGAUACAAUUAUUGAGACAUUUGGUUUAUGUUCUCAUGAGGAUCCGGUAAAUGCUUUAAAGAAUUUUGCAAGUUUAUUAAAACCUGAAGGUAGAAUUAUCUUAUUAGAACAUGGUAGAGGUGAUUAUGAUAUCAUUAAUAAGAUUCUUGAUAAGAGAGCAAAAAGACGUUUGGAUACAUGGGGUUGUAGAUGGAAUUUAGACAUAGGUGAAAUUAUUGACGAUUCAUCUUUAGAGAUUGUUGAAGAGAAAACAUAUCAUUUAGGUACUACUUGGUGUAUUGUGGCGAAGAAGAAAGGUGAUAUUAAGAGGAAAGAUGAAAUUGGAUUCUUUGAGAAAUAUGUUGGAUCAAGUAUUAAAAAGAGAAUGGAAUCCUUUGAAGAAGUUGAUAAUUCAUCGACCUCUCGAAACGCAUUAUCUGAAACAAAACAAGAUGGUAAGUAG